UUAACAUUUUUAAGACUGUAAGUAUAAACAUUUCUAUUAAUAUGGAAGCAUCGGCUAUGCCACACUUAGGUCAAGCUGCGUCUGCAGCUUGUACGAUGGCUACAAGUUUUUUGGCUCCUGUAAAAACGGAACGUCAAAUUUAUGAAAAUUCUAUGUUAGAAGAUGAUCCUAAUGCUAAUUCAGUUGUACCAAACUCAUCGGAGGACAGAGUCAAACCUAGAUGGGGUCCUAAUCAUAAAGGUGCUCAAGAAUUAGCAAAUCUGUAUAGUGGAGGAAAAAGAAUACAAGAAGUAAUUUGUUUCUCUGUUUGCAUCAUUCUUAUGUCUCUUAAUAUAUUAUUUAUACUUGUCCGAAUAAAGUUGGAAAAUCUGAGUUCCAUAGUGCUUGCAGCUUUUUGUGGAAUUAUUACAGCUGAUUUUAUUUCUGGCUUUGCUCAUUGGGCAGCAGAUACAUGGGGAUCUAUUGAAAUACCAAUUAUAGGAAAAAAUUUUCUUAGACCAUUUCGAGAACAUCAUAUAGAUCCAACAAGUAUUACACGACAUGAUUUUAUUGAAACGAAUGGUGAUACAUUUGCAGUAACCAUACCAGUUUUAUGUAAAUUAUCAUGGGACUUUUUCUGUUUGUCAGAAUUUGAAAUUCAAAAAAAAUUUUUUUGGAUUUGCUUUUGGUAUCAACUUACAAUUUUUGUAGCGCUGACUAAUCAAAUUCACAAAUGGUCUCAUACGUACUUUGGACUACCUUCAUACGUAAUCUGGUUACAAGAAUAUCAUAUAAUUUUACCUAGACGUCAUCAUCGAGUUCAUCACGUUGCCCCUCAUGAAACGUAUUUUUGCAUUACUACUGGAUGGUUGAAUUGGCCUCUUGAAAAACUGCGUUUUUGGUAUAUUUUGGAAUAUAUUAUUGAGAGAAUAACAGGCUAUAAGCCUAGAGAUGAUGAUAUGAAAUGGGCCCAGAAGCGUUCUUAGGUAUGGGAGAAUAAAUAUUUUUUUCAAUGGUACUUUUGCGGUCAAGUUUUUACAAAUUUUCUAGUAUUAAUGACGAUAUAUCAUAGCAUCGUUAAAAUUUUCAACACUAUAUUUUUCG